AGCAAUGGAGUGGGUUGCAUCGUCGAACCACGAUCGAAACAUAAUUAUUGCAGUUCAGCAAUAUACCACACUGGCAUCUGUAGUGUGUUGCAGCGUUAUCUGCCUUUCAUUAUUACCGCAGCUAGUGCACAGCAUCACACAGGAACAGUUGGAGAAAACAGCCCGGACCUUCCGACAGGUUUGCCAGCCGAAGCAUAAAAUAUCGGACGAAGUAGCAGAUGCAGUUAAUCGUGGUGUGUUUGCUGAUACGAAAGAUUUUAAAUGCUAUGUGAGUUGUCUGCUGGUGGGGGGAAAGGUGAACUACGAAAAAUCGCUCAAACAAAUUGACACGAUGCUUCCGGACCACAUGAAGCCGGCGUUUCGGGCCGGAUUAGAAGCGUGCAAAUCGGCCGCCCAAGGAGUUAAGGACCACUGUGAGGGGGCCGCAAUACUAUUGCAGUGCUUUUACAAGUGUUAUGGGCCAACCUGAUGAUCCCGUAGAUCGCUACCGAGGACACUCAUCGGGCGUAGAUCGAAGUGUGUGUGCGAUCUAUCGGGAGGUCAGCGAACGCGCGCUCGGCACGAUGCGUGAGUGCCGAUCGAGGAGAAAGAUAUGGCGCGCGCUUGAGAAAGGUCGUGGAACAAAGUGGUAGCAAAAUUGUUUACGAGUUAUUAAUAAUAAACAAAGACUUUCCAAUCCCAUCGUUUUGAAGGAAGUAACGCGUUAACGUUUCUUAGCGUUCUUCGAAAGAAAACGAAAAUAUAACAGUGGCGACGAGUUGAAAAAAAAAGACUUUUUCAGUGCAGUGAAGUUUAGUACGAAAGGCAUUGUUAAAGUGUUCGCGUGUGAAGUGCAUCCUUUACCGGAAAAGAGAGGCAAUUUCAUCGAAGCGGCAUUAAAAUGUUUAAUCCCGAAGGCGAUGCCGAGAUGGAUGAGCAGCGACGUUUGUCUCUGAACGGUGCAAGGGCUCUGAACCCGGGCUUUGUUCAGCCAACGCAAAGUGCACCGAUGCAACCAGCACAACCGCCAUCGCAAAAUCCCGUUGCUUCAUCGGCACAAGCAGGACUGGCCAUGAACGGUUCUGAAACGGGAAUGUUUUUGCAAAUGCUGAAUCUUAUGCAGCAGCAAAUGCAGCAGCAGCAGCAACAGCUAUCUCAGCAGCAACAAAUGAUGGCACACAUGAUGCAACAAACACCACACACGACAGCGCAGCCCCAACAACAAGUCCAGCAGG